AACACAGCAGCACCCAAGCAACAACAGCAGCAACAACAACAACGCCCGGCGCGUCAAUUAGAAUGUUUCAACUGUCAUGUGACAAAAACACCAUUGUGGCGACGUACACCCGAUCGCGCCCACUCUUUGUGCAAUGCAUGCGGUUUAUAUUACAAGCAGUACGGCACGCACCGACCAUUGCAUAUUCACAGCAAUGGUUCUGUUUUGCUUCCACCGAACAAGAAGCAGGCGCUCUCGGAAAUGGACGACACUCGGUUCACGGGGUUGCUGAAUCGUAUGAACAAGGAGCAGAUGCACGGGUUUUUGGAGAUGCUCGAACGACGAUGUGCCAUUCUGCGCAAUGUUCUUUUUGCA